AUGGACCUUGAUGAAGUCGUGGACACAUCCGACGUUGAAGAACGUGAAUUUGAUGCCUCAGAGGUAGAUUAUUACACCCAUCUCUCCUCCAAGAAGACGCGACCGAAUUCAGGACCUACCACCGAGUUGCAUGGAAGGUUUAAUGAUAGACAAGAUCAACCCUCCCCACGGAAACGUGCCAAGACAACUCAUGGCGAACCUGAAUCGCAGCUGAUUGUCGAUGUUGCAUUCAACCAUAUUCCCAAACUAUUCCUUCCAGCUGCCGAUGCACCCGAAAAGUCAUUGCGCAACGAGGCUCGUCACCCACAUAUUCACGAGCCGAGUUUCAACGACCUAGAUAUCCCUCCCCCACUUCUUCCAGCUGAAUCUGGAAACCUGACCAAUCAUCCCAUCGCUUCAGCCGACGUGCGGCCACAGGCUGAUCCCCAGUUGCCGCUUCCUGAUUCCUCUCAACCUCAGCUAGAUGACGCCCUUUUCCCGUCAUCGCCCGCGGCGUUCCCCUCUCAAUCUCUAGAUUUUUCUCAGAGCCUAGCACAUCUUGCUCUAUCUCAACACGAGGGACUAAGUUUGAGUCCAUCCCCUUCCAUGUCGCGCCCAGCAGACUCGUGGUCGUUGUUUUCUUCCCCAGAGCCUUCGACGCAAUCGUCCCAGGGGAUUACUCCCCAGAGUAUCGGAAAACCUACCCAUAUGACCCGAGAUACGCCACCGCUCACUGCGUAUCCCUCUGGUCGUCGAUCUCCAUCCCCUGACGAGCUGCUUCUCAUCUCUCCUGAAACCCGCUCGAGACGCCUGUUGACCCCAAUCACCCCAAUAGCUCAAGACGCCCCAUCCCCGGCUGUAGAAUCACAGGAUCUAUUACCACUCCCGUCUCCUCCACAUCUCGUUAUCCCUGAUGACCCAGAACCAGUCAGCCGUUAUUCUCUUCGCCGCAGGCAGGCACGUCAGCUUCAACCGUACGCGUUUGACAAGGCGCAGUACAAGGCGCAGAUGAAGGCAAACCCCGAUGCGAUCGUGAAGUUUGUGAGUCCGCAACAUCGCGAGAUGCAUGGAGAAGAUGGGUCACAGUGGGCCGAUGGGCAGACGCAAGGUGGAACCCAGGCAGAGUAUAUUUUCCCGGUUGACAAUCCGGAAGAGGACCGAGAUUAUGUGGAUGUGGAAGGAAGGAGGCGAAAGAGGCGGGUCACCAUUGCUGAAGCUGAUCAUCAUAACCGUGAACAGGAGGAAGGAUGGCUCCCUGAGGCUCUAAGAGAUCUGUCUGAAAGCGACGAGAUUGAGGGAACAGAUGAAGUUCGCAAGUUAGCGAGGGAUGCGAGGAGAGCUCGGAAGAAGGCUGAGGCUGAGGCAAAGAAGAGGGAGAAGGAAGAAGCUCGCCUGAGAGCGCAGGAAGAGAAAGAAAUUGCGAAGAAGAGACGUUUCAAGAAUUUCCCACUGGUAGCAUCAUCGUCAAAGCAGCCUGCUGCGAGAUCAUCUUCAGUAUCCUCGAGACGGUCUCCAUCUCACUUAGGCGAGCUGUCUCCGCCAGUCCUAUCCAGGCUUUUGAAGGGAAAGCAACAUGUCACACUGUCUCCUUCCCGCUCGCCCUCACCCUCGCGUUCCCUUCGUUUUGAUCCUUCACAGCUUCAGUCCCGUUCGUUGGCAAGGAAUCCCCCUGCGACCGACGAAUACGAGUAUCAACAAGAUGAUGACUACGACUACUAUAAUUUCUUCGACCACAACGACCAUAACUUGGAGAAUGUCAACCCUGAUACCGACAACGAUGCAAUUGAAAUUCCUUCGGCACCGUCAACACCACCACGCUCCUCGUCUACAUUGCCUGAUGGGAGCAAUCACUUGGAUUUGUCCGAUGAUGAUCCGCUCGCCCGUGAGCCUCGCGAGGAGUUCAGCAGUCCUCCCCAAAUUUCUUCUAAAGAUCGCAAACGUUUCCGCCUCUUGCAGCGUAUGAUGCCCGCUGUCAUGAUCAAGAAGCAGCUCGAGCAGCAAAGUUCCCAAGUGAAAAGUCUUGCCAGUGCGAAAAGAGCGCGUUCUCCAACGCCGUCUGAUAGUGGCGACGAGCCCUUGAGACCUGGACAUGCACGCGUCCGAAUGGGUGCUGGUGGACGUGAUGUUGUAAUUCAGGGAGACCCUGAGAGCUCGGAUGUCGAAAUUCCUCGAGAAGAGGACAUGGAGGCUGAGGUACCAGACAUCGUAUCACAAGUUCGUCGGCGGGCAUCACCCAAAGUCAGAUCAAGGUCUCCGGCCAUUAGCAUCUCUUCCAGUUCUGAGAGUGGAUCCGAGAGUGAUGGCGAGGAAAGUGACGGUAUGAUCGACGACGCACGGAUCGACGCAUGGAGCCGAAGUCGCCGGCCUAUGCACGAGAAGAGUCUGAUUGACUGGAUGCUUACGCGGACCAGGACGCAUUCACAUCAUCACAAGGUCCACAAGCGGACAGAAUCGACAAUACCAGCGGAGCGCGAGUCCAAGGCACUACGAAGGGAACGGAGGAAGAAGAAGCGCAAGAAAGCGGAGGGAGAGCUCUACAGCUUCCACCAAUCUGGCACGCAUAUUGCGCGAAGGGGUUUGCGAAUUGAUCUGGGUGAUGAAGGAUUCCAUCAGGCGCUGGACCCGACUUGGAGGAAGGAGAUAGAUAGCCUGCGUCUGCGAUUUCAUCCCGAGUUCGUCGAGAAGAUACUCAAUCUAAGCGCCAGAAAAUUCCGGUCUCGCGUGUUGAUUCUAAACCUUCAAUCUAGUGUCGAGUCCAGUCAGGAUGAACACCAGAGAAAAUCGCAUGCUGAGUCAGGUCCUCCACCCUUCCGCGUCGAUCCGCCACGCGAACGACCACCACCUGUGCGUAGGAAGGGUUAUAACGACGUCCACGAGUUUAUGCAUGCUGCAGAUCAACGGGCGUUGUUGACCACAGUCGACUUGGGCAUCGACUCUUUGCCCUCAGGGAUUGCGUUCUCAGCCGGAACGUAUAUUGGCCGCGGGUUUCUUCACCAGCUGAUAUGCCUCGUUACAGGGCAUGCUCAGCCUGUUGCUCCUAUGUCAUAUGUUAUUCGAGGGUUCGACCUUGGACCUGACACAUCGGUGCAUGUUCUUACGACUGUAAUUGCACCCUUGUGUGAUCAGCUCGCGGAUGACGUGCUCAAAGGACACGAGUGGACGGCUGUGACUGGGAAGGACUGGGAACUCGCAAUGCGAACGGUGUGCCAGUUGGUAUCGUGGCAGUGUCUCAGCAUCGACGACCAGGACUUCAGUUCGCUGGAGCUCACGGUACACGAGACUAUGGGUUCUUUAGUGGCGCGGGUGUUGGAGGCUAAUUUUCAUCAAUUUUCAUUACCUGUUUGCUGGUUUGCAGUAGAGCUCGCUGCCCGGAUCAUGCACGCUGCAAGGACUCGGCGGGGGUCAUCAGAGACCCGAGAGUUGUUCAAAUUUGCGCUCUUGCUCAUGCGGCCCCUGUCAGAUGUAGACCUCCGGGAAAUUUUAGCAUCGUUUAGGGAACCCGAUGGCCCCCUAGAGACCAACUCAACUGCCGUUCAAGCUGUAGAGUCAUGGAUAUGCCUCUUUCACCUCUUGAUCAACUGCACGCCUGAGUCUCCUGGUAAACUAUCAUCGGAGCCAUUUUGGCUUUUGUUCAAACAGUUGAUCCAAGACGAAGCAUCAUCGUUCAUCACUGCAGUUGAGGCGAGCGAAAUCGCACCUUCAUGGGAAACGGUUUUGGCUACUCUGAAGCUCAUCUCCCUAGUUGCCGAUCCACAGAAGGAUGCACUCACACAUACUGCAUCCCUCAACAAACGAGACGAGAGCCGUAGAUUUGCCAGUCUCCGCCACGAGCAGCCUAAAUUUAUGCAAUUCAUGGUGCAAAGGGAUAUUUCUUUGCUUUCAGUACAAGACAGGGGCGACAACGUAUUCGAGGUGCUCCUCAAGAUGAUCGUACAAGUUGCGCAGGCGGACAGCACGAGUGACACGGAGAGAAAACAACGGGACAUACAGGUGAAGAAAAUGCUGAACAUGGUCGUCCCAGUUGGCUCGGUGUCAUCGACUAGGGCCGUUCAGCCGACUGGGCAGGAGAGUUCUAUGCUUUUCAACCGACUCAAUGCUAUGGCAGUCGCGAUUCAUCUUGAUCCCUCCAUCUCCAACGUUCGACACCGCGUUGGGCAAGCUCGUCGAUGCGUCAACUUCAAAGAUGCACACGAUUUCACCAGGGCUGUAUGCAUUCGAGGCAUUGAGCAUAUUUGCGCUGUUAUGCGACAUCACCGCGUACAGCUUGGAGAAAUUCUCAACUGGCUUGCCGAGGUUACCGGCAUCCUACUGGACGAAUACCAGGAGGCGCGCACGCUAACGAAUAAAGACAACAAGAAUAUCGUGAAGAACAAGACAGUGGAGAUGGUCAAGAGUCUUCUCACAUCGGUUGUUCGUAUGAUUGAGACAUGCUCACUGGACACUACGGAUGAGCGACACGAGUAUCCAGAUCCUGCCUUUCUGGAGGGACCAUGGGUAAAGGACGUCUUCAGUCCCAAAAAUCCUAUUGCCAUAGAGCAAAAUUCGAGUGCUUCGUGCCAAGAGGUGGUGUCAGCUUUUCUGGAUGCUCGAAUGAGGGCCUUACCCCGGCCCACCGCACCACCAAUAUCAUUGAGUGUUGAUAAUCAGGAGAGCCAGGAUGAGUACGACAAGUUCUUCAUCGACUUGAACGAUCCAGAAAUCUUAGCUGCUCUUGGUGACGAGCCUGCACAAACUUCUGGAAUGGAGUGGAAAAGGAAGGAAGAAGCAGUUUGCAAGAUCUGUGCACCGCUUGCUUCAGCGAUAUUCCGGGUUGUUUGCAGAUAUGUAGUCGACUCCCCCGCACCAAGCACAGUCGAUAGUCGCCGUGAGACAGCUGAUAGAUGGAUUGAUUGUUGGGUAGGAGUCGGUAAUGUGCUGGUUCAGAAUGGAUCGAGUUGGAAAAACCACAUGCACCUUGGACCUGAAUCAUGGGAGCGGAUACCUGAUCCCCUAUGGCGUCGCCGGGUUGGUCUUAGAUUCUGCCUUGCACUUCUCAGACUUGAUUCGAAGGCUUACAAUAAAAAUACUCAUCGCUUGAAGGCAUAUGAGGACUACUUUAUCGAAGUCCUCCUCACAUGUACUGUUCCCUCCAAGACGACAAUCGAACACGAGUAUGCAUCCAUCGUAUUCACUCUAGACGGUCUUCAACACCCACUUCUACGUGGCGUGCUGGCCGAGCCGUCUACAGGAUCAUCUACAUUCGAGAUAUCGCUAGAAGAAUAUUCGACAGUCCGGCAGACGCUGAUUGAAUGUGAGAAUUCGUUCAUCAGGGUCAAAUACACCGCUCAUCGUCAACUAGCGGUAUUUGCCAAUCUCACUGAGCGUUUGCGAGAUAAUACAGAUCCCGUCAACCACAAGUAUCUUGGCUUCUUGGUUUCUAUGCUCUCAGCUAUGAGAAACAACUAUGAAAGCCUGUUAUCUGGGGAGGAACGAGUAACUUAUGCCGAGUUUUGUCGAAAGGUCUUUCGAGCGCUGUUGAGCAAGAAGCCACUGGCAUCCCAGCCACGGUUGUCAGAGCUCAUUCAAUGGGGGAAAACAACAUUGGCGAGAGCAGGUGAUGAUGACGGUGAUCAGCCUAUCGAGAACUGA